ACACGUGUGAGCGCAGUAUUUUAUAGAAUUUCAAGACGAUAGCAAUGUUAAUUGUAUGUCCAGUGUAUAUUAUUUGAAGGCCAGCGAAUAAAAUUGCCGCGUUUGUUCCGAGUAAUCUCCGAAACAGCUAGACCGAUUUUGACCGAUUUUGGCGGGAAGGUAGUUCAUGUAUGCGGACAUAUUAUAAGAUUGACAACGAACCAAGCUAAAGCUAUUAGCAGAUUGAGAUAAUUGCAUAAGGAUGCAGCAAAAAAUGAAGUACCACAAGCAUUGUAGUGACGCAUCUAAUUGGUUUCUGAACGAGUUGGGGAGUCGCGUAGUCGCUAACACUGGCAUACCCUCAGACAGACAUCACAUCGGCAAACUCAUCCUGCAGAGCCUUAAAGAUGCACCGAGUAACAUCCUGCAGAUCGACGGUGGUACCGGAGAAAUAGAUACAUUUCAAGAUGUACUGGAACGAUCAGUUGGUUGUGCGAAUGCUUUCCGAAAGAUAGGAUUAAGAGGCGAUGAUGUAAUUGUCAUUAUGGCACCGAAUUGCAUCCACCUGACAACAUCUAUGUACGCUGCCUUCUAUUUAGGCUUGAUAGUUGCCGGUGUCGAUAGUACACUUGGAAUCAAGGAGCUACAGGACACCUUUAAAAUAUGUUUACCUAAAGUAAUAUUCUGUCUAAGUGAAAGAGAAAAAGAUGUUGAGGAUGUAAUAAAAAAGAUGAAUUUAGACGCAAAAAUAGUGACGUACAACAACGGUGGAAAAUGUGACUUUAUGGAGUUUAUACAAAAAUAUGGAAGGGACACGUCUGUGGAGGAUUUUAAGCCUGCAGACUUUGAUCCAGACGAGAGAACCUGCUUACUGAUCUCUACAAGCGGAACCACUGGCACACCUAAAUCUGCUGCACUUACACACAAGAACCUCAUGUAUAGUCUACCUUAUGUAUGGAUGAUCACUUCCAAGUUCCCGUCGCCAGUUGAUAGAGUUCUGAUAGUGUCGCCCGUUCAAUGGCUGUCAGCUAUAUUCAGUUUCAUUUUAUCGCCCAUGAUGAAGUUCACGAGAAUACAAACGUCCCUACCAACCACUUCGGAACAUACGUAUGAUCUUAUCAACAAAUAUAAGCCUGAAUUCAUGAUAAUCAGUCCGACGAUGGCAAUAACACUGACGAAGCGUGAAACACGGGACAAUUGUGACUUCUCGUGUUUUAAGUAUAUAUUGAUAGGGGGCAGUGCUGUGCCUCCAACACUGCUAGAAAAUUUAAAGAUGAUAACACCGGAAACGGAAACUUACGUAGCAUAUGGUUGCAGUGAAAUUGCUGGCCUUGCAUUAAACCACGUGUCGGCUUUUCCAGGCUCUAUUGGCAGAUCAUUGCCACAUCUUCAAUAUCGACUAAUUGAUCCGGAAACUCAGAAAGAUAUCUUGGAACCAAAUGUAACUGGUGAACUUUGGCUGAAAGGACCUGUUACUUUUAAGGGUUACUACAACAAUCCACAAGCAACAGAAGAAAUAUACGCUGAAGAUGGAUGGCUUAAAACAGGUGACCUUGUGUACAGAGACGAGAACUGGAACUUCUUUUAUGUCGAUCGUUCGAAGAUGCUCCUCAAAUAUCGCAAUCACCAUAUAUCGCCUACAGAGGUAGAAUCAGUGAUUAUCAAACAUCCAGGUGUCCUGGACGUGGCAGUUACAGGAAUCCCGGACGAUGAAUGUGGGGAUCUGGCCGUCGCAUGUGUCGUGCCCCAAGAAAACACAACAAUCACCGCGCAAGAGAUCAAAGAUUUGGUUAAAGAUUCACUGGCGGAUACCAAACAGCUGAGAGGAGGAGUUAUAUUCAUGAAACAGCUUCCUUUAACUUCGACAUCUAAAGUGAACAGAGCCAUGCUGAAGAAAUUGGCAAAAAGUAUGGAAAGAGAGAAUAUCGCAAUAACACUAUUUCGAUGUUUGAUUAAAAUAAGAUUUUUACUGUCUAACAGGAUAAUGAAGUACCACAAACACGCCAGUGAUGCCGUAUUUUGGUAUUUGAAUGAGUUGGGAAGUCGCGUGGUCGCUAACACUGGCAUACCCUCAGACAGACAUCACAUUGGGAAACUCAUCCUGCAGAGUCUUAAAGAUGCCCCCGACUUUAUUAUGCAGGUUGACGGUGGUACUGGUAAAUUUGACACAUUUCAAGAUGCACUAGAGAAAUCAGUCGCUUGCGCGAACGCUUUCCGAGCUAUCGGAUUGAAAGCCGAUGACGUCAUUGUCUUAAUGGCUCCCAACCACAAUGAUCUGGCCAUGUCUGCAUAUGCUGCUCUGUAUUUAGGGAUAAUUGUGGCCGGUGUUGAUAUGUCACUUGGAAUCGAGGAACUUGAAGAUACUUUUACAACAACAUCGCCCAAAGUAGUAUUUUGUGAAAGUGAAAAAGCUGGGGACGUCGCGGAAGCAUUGAGUAACAUAAAGUUAGAUGCUAGAAUAAUUACGUUAAACAAUGCAGGAAGGAAUGACAGUUUCUCAGAAUUCAUUACAAAAUAUGGAAACAAUUCUCCAGUCGAAGAAUUCAAAGCUGUUGAACUUGAUCCAGAGAACAGUUCGUGUUGGUUGCUUUCAACAAGCGGUACAACAGGAGCACCAAAACAUGCUACGUUGACGCAUACAAAUAUUAUAAUGGGAUUUCCCAAUUUAUGGAUCAUGAGCUCUACGUUUCCCACACCAGUUAAGAGUGCUCUAGUUACUUCUCCUGUGCAAUGGUUGUCCGCGAUAUUUACUUUAAUUUUAUCGCCGAUUUUAAGAUUCACUCGAAUUCAAUCCUCUUUGCCUGUUACAAGAGAACAUGCGUAUUUUUUAAUUAACAAAUACAAGCCCACCUAUGCGAUAUUUAGUCCUCCAAUGGCAACUACUCUCACGAAACCUGAAGAAUGUGACAAAUGUGACUUCUCAUGUUUUAAGAUGUUGCUACUAGGAGGUAGUGCCGUGUCACAAACUCUCUUGGAAAAUGUGAAGAAAAUUGCGACUGAAGCUGAGGUGUACGUGGUAUAUGGCUUCAGUGAAAUAGGAUGUUUUGCUUUUAAUUUUGUAUCAUCUGCCCCGGGGUCAGUGGGUAGGCCUUUGGCAUAUCUUCAACAUAGAUUGAUCAAUCCAGAUACUCAAGAAGAUAUAUUGGAGCCAAAUAAAACGGGAGAGUUAUGGGUGAAAGGACCAGUUACAUUCAAAGGAUAUUACAACAAUCCUGAGGCAACAGCAGAAGCAUUUUUGGAAGAUGGAUGGAUAAAGUCCGGAGAUCUUUUCUAUAGAGACGAAAACUUCAACUACUUUUUUGUCGAUCGCUUGAAGAUGCUUCUCAAAUAUCGCAAUCAUCAAAUAUCGCCUACGGAAAUAGAAUCAGUGAUUAUCAAACAUCCAGGUGUCCUGGACGUGGCAGUUACAGGAAUCCCGGACGAUGAAUGUGGGGAUCUGGCCGUCGCAUGUGUCGUGCCCCAAACCAACUGUACGCUGACUGCGCAGGAGAUCAAAGAUUUAGUUAAAGAAUCACUAGCGGACACCAAACAGCUGAGAGGAGGAGUUAUUUUCAUGAAGCAACUUCCUUUGACUUCGACUUCAAAAGUGAACAGAGCCAUGCUGAAGAAGAUUGUUAGAGAUAUGAAGAGAGAAUAAGUAGUUAAUAUUGUAACAG